UGAAGCUUUUUUUUAAUUACAUCACGACCGCUGUUGCCAUGACAUUCGCGCUUUCCCAUCGGACAUCAUUGUCUUCACCACUUAGGGCAAUGGUGACAUACUCCUUUAUUAGGGUUCUUUCCUCUUCUAUUAAUCCUUAUCCUUCGCUACUUUCUGCGACGACGACUGCUGCUGCUGCUACUACUACUACUUCUACUUAUACAGGAUAUCAACGUCGAUCUUUUGCGUGUCAAAUUCGACACCCUACCAAGCUUGGACAACUUCGUGCUAAAUUCCGGAAAUUUGGACAAGGCCAUAUUGAGCUGGAUAUAAAUCAUUCAACAGGAUUGGCACUUUUGACGCUUUCAAAUCCAAGUAAACAUAAUGCAUUAACAGGGAAGAUGAUGGCGGAACUAGCAGACUGCGUGGAUUUUCUAGAAGGAGCAAUCAGAUUGAAUGGUAAUGGCAGCCCUAAUGAUAGUAAUCAUGACCAAAUAACAGGACAGCAGGGCUGGCCUCAACUUGAUCGAGAUUCAGGAUUGGUAUUGAAGAGUGCAGGGAAAUUGAUCUCCGAUAAUAAAUUGAGUCAGGAGCAUUUGGAGACGUUACAAGGGUUAGUUGGGAUCAUUAUCACAGGCGCGGAUCAAAAGUCAUACUGCGCUGGUCUUGAUGUUUCGGCUGCAAAGACAACGUUAUUAACUUCUCAAGCCGGAUCAGAGAUGUCAGCCUUGAUGGUUUCAACCUUGACACGGUUCAUGCGUCUUCCAAUUUUGACGGUAGCGGCGAUUGAGAAGGCUGCUAUUGGAGGAGGAGCAGAGAUGACUACCUUCUGUGAUCAUCGUUGCAUGACUGAGAAAGCCAAGGUGCAGUUUGUACAGACUCAGAUGGGUGUCGUCACUGGAUGGGGUGGGGCCAGCCGAUUGAUCCAUAUAGUGUCCAAGAGUCAAGCUCUUCGAAUGUUGGCUGCUGCAGAACCCAUUCGUGUUCGUGGGAAGAGCAAUGAAGAUGAUAGUGAUAGACAUGAUGGAGAUGCUCUCGUGAGUGGAUUUGCUCAAUGUAUUGCACCAGUAGGAAAGGCAGUCGAGACAGCGACGGAGUAUAUGCAGCAAUACGUUUGGGAGAGGAGACCACCAUCAACAAUAGCAACAACAGGGAAUGGUAGUGGUGGAGGUGCUGCUUCUGAUGAUAAUAGUGCACGACGAUGUGUAGCAGCGGUCAGGGCUAUGAAGGAGAUUGUUAGCUUCGGGCUAGAUCAUGAUCAAAUUGAACGUGUCUCUGAGUUGGAAAAGGAUCUGUUCAAACGGUUAUGGGGUGGACCCGAUAACUUGGCUCGAGUUGAAGCCACAUUUUCCAGCAAGAAAUGAAAAGUAAUAUUUAUAUAGAGAGAGAGGGAGAGAAUAUCCAAUGGAAAAGAUAGACAUUUAGAAAUCCAUAGACAUAUAAUGUAGCCAGGGAAACUAUC